AUGGAUUUAUUAUUGGAAGUUUGUGAUACGUAUCUGUUGGAUUACGUUUAUGGGAAAGUAUUCCCUGUGAAUAUGCUACCCAGCAGUGUUACCAAUAGUGUUGGUCAGUUUUUGGACUUGAACACAGGAAAUUUAAACGGCACUGCAGCCAAGCCAGCUGGUGAUGUGUACGGUUAUGAACCAUUCUUGUUGGAAUUCACUGAUUAUACGUUCCAAUCAAUUUUCCCUCGUUAUAAUUUGUUUAGAGAAACGCUAACGAUGUUUGUCUUGAUGACAAUUUUUGGAUGGGCUUUGUACUUCAGUGUCGCUACGAUGUCGUACCUUUUCGUUUUUGAUAAGGCUGUUUUCAAUCAUCCCCGUUAUUUGAAGAACCAGAUGUCGUUGGAAAUGAAACAGGCAUUCAGUGCCAUCCCAGUGAUGGUUCUGUUGACUAUACCAUGGUUCUUGUUCGAAUUGAACGGAUAUUCGAAGCUUUACCUCGAUAUCGAUUAUAAAUCAUGGGCUGGAAUUCGUCAACUUGCGUUUGAAGUGAUCUCUUUCAUCAUGUUCACCGAUUGUUUGAUUUAUUUGGUUCAUAGAUGGUUGCACUGGCCUAGAGUUUACAGGGCUUUGCACAAGCCUCAUCACAAAUGGUUGGUUACCACUCCAUAUGCGUCGCAUGCGUUCCACCCAGUGGACGGUUACAUGCAAUCUGUGCCAUACCAUCUUUACCCAAUGAUUUUCCCAUUGCAAAAAAUUUCAUAUUUGAUUCUUUUCACCUUCGUUAACUUCUGGACUGUAAUGAUCCACGACGGUGAAUAUCUGGCUAAUGACCCUGUCAUUAACGGUGCUGCUUGCCACACUGUGCACCAUCUAUAUUUCAACUACAACUACGGACAAUUCACUACCCUAUGGGAUAGAUUGGGUGGUUCUUACAGAGAACCAGAUCAAGAACUUUUCAACAAAUCUUUGAAGAAGAGCAAACAAACUUGGGAAAUCCAAGUCGAAAAGAUGGAGGCCAUCAAACAAGAAGUAGAAGGUGACUGUGAUGACAGAGUUUACGUCACAACCAAAGCUUCUUAG